AUGAUCGUCUGGGUUCAGCUCCCCGCUCUGAAAAUCCAUUUUUACCAUAGGGAGGUGCUUACGACGUUGGGAAACCUUAUUGGACGGACUAUCAAACUGGAUUACCAUACUCUGAAUCAAGAGCGGGCGAAGUUUGCGCGGCUGGCGGUGGAAGUCGAUAUCUCGAAGGCGUUGGUUCCCAGGAUUUGGCUUGAUGAUGAGUGGCAAAAGGUUGAAUACGAGAACCUCCCUGAGGUCUGCUUUGAGUGUGGAAGAAUUGGCCACAGUGCCGAGACGUGUCCGACAACCUGCCCUGCUGUAGUGCCGGCGCAACUGCUCAUCACCAGUGGGACACCGCCGGCGAGUCCACCGGAGGAUACCAACCCGGGUUUCGGCCCGUGGAUGUUAGUGACGAGGAAAACCCGGCGAAGUUACAGGGAGGACCAGAGAAAAGGAAAGAAUGAUCAGGAUGCAGGAAAUCAGCUUCUGAAAUCGAAUGCCAAAAAUGGACUCCGCGGGGCAAAGGCUAAGGAAGGGGCUCAAUCGACUCCGCUUGUGGCGUUGCCCAACGGGAAUUCUCAACAGCAGGGUACAAGCCAAGAAAGGAAGGGGGGUUCGAGAACAAGAGAAGGGAAGAGGUUAAGAAAGGAAAGGGGGUUGUGA